UAGCGACGUAGGCGAGCAGCGACGAGACUCGAGGACGGAAGGCUCAGUUGGCGAAGGAUGAAGCUGCUGCUCGGGUGUCUUUGUCCGGCGCUCUGGCUGCUGCUGGUCGCUGCCAGGUUGCAACAGGCCCACGAUCUCGAGCCCGUGCACUCGCUACCGCUCGGCUCCGAGGCCAGCUUGCACUGGAGGGUCGAGUUCGCGUCCGAGCAGAUAGCGGCGGAAGUUCACUACGCUGCCGAAGAGUACGCCUGGUUUGCAGUGGGCUUCUCGAACUACGGCGAGCACAAGCCAGCGGACUAUUGCGUGCUGUGGGUCGACUGGCGUCGCCAGACUCAUCUCCAAGAUGCCUGGAGCGACGACAAGGGGACGCUCAAUCUGGACGAGCAGCAGGAUUGCACCCACUUCGAGUGGCGGAGGCGCGGCAACGUAACCAAGUUCGCCUUCGGCAGGAAAUUCGACACUUGCGACGAGCACGACUACGUGAUGGAGGGCGGCACCACGCACGUGGUGUGGCUGAAAGGCAGCGGUCCGCUGAGCUCGUUGGCGGGCUUGCGGGUGGCGGACGCCAAGGCCUCCGGCAUGUCGCGGACGGAGAUGCUGCGGGUCCAGCACGCGAAGCCGCAGUUUCCGGGCGACGCCUGGCGGCACGAGGUCAGGGCCGAUCGCGUGGAGGUGCCGAGCGCGGAGACCACCUAUUGGUGCAAGGUGCACAAGCUACCGUCGACCCUGAGAAGAAAGCACCACGUGCUGCAGUUCGGGCCUGCGAUCCAGCGAGGCAACGAGCACCUGGUCCACCACAUGGAGGUGUUCCAUUGCGCCGGGCCGGCGGAUCUGCAGCUGCCGCUGUACGACGGGCCCUGCGACUCGCCCACUCGGCCGGAGCGCACGCAGAUCUGCAAGAAGGUGCUGGCCGCCUGGGCGAUGGGCGCGGAGGCCUUCGUGUACCCGCCGGAGGCGGGUCUGCCGAUCGGCGGCGAGGGCUUCAACCGGCACGUGAUGCUCGAGGUGCACUACAACAACCCCGAGCUGCGCGCGGGCAACGUCGACUCGUCCGGCAUCGAGCUAGUGCUCAGCAGCAGCCUGCGCCGCUACGACGCGGGCGUGAUCGAGUUGGGCCUGGAGUACAGCGACAAGAUGGCCAUCCCGCCGGGGCAGGAGUCGUUCGUGCUGUCGGGCCACUGCGUCGCCGAGUGCACGGGCGUGGGGUUGGCGCAGGGCGGCGUCAAGGUCUUCGGCUCGCAGCUGCACACCCACCUCGCGGGCAGGCAGGUGGUCACGCGCCACGUGCGCGACGGCCAGGAGCUGCCGGCGCUCAACCGCGACCCCCACUACUCCACCCACUUCCAGGAGAUCCGCCUGCUGGCGCGCCCCGUCAGUCUGCUGCCCGGCGACUCGCUGAUAACGACCUGCACGUACAGCACCGCGGACCGGCCGAACGUCACCCUGGGCGGCUUCGCCAUCUCCGACGAGAUGUGCGUCAACUACAUCCACUACUACCCCAACUCCAGGCUCGAGGUGUGCAAGAGUGCCAUCAGCGACGACGCGCUGGCCACCUACUUCCGCUACAUGCGGGACUGGGAGAGCCAGGCCACGAGCAGUGACAGAGGCGUCUCCGACAACUACAGGAGUAUCCAGUGGACGAGGGUGCGCGUGGCCGCUCUUCACGACCUUUACGAGGUCGCCCCCCUAGCAAUGCAGUGCAACGCCUCCGACGGCUCGCGACUGCCGGGUCUCUGGGACAACAUCGCCGCCACCCAGGUUCGACUUCCGCUCGCGCCACCGGCUCGUUCCUGUCCACAGCCGGAGUACCAUCUGUAAUCUCGUCGUCGCUCCUACACCUCUAUCCACUUUCUCCAAGCUUAUUCAUUUUUCUCUGAUUGUUGUUAUAAAUCUCAUAAUUAUGUCGUAUAUAUUUGAAGGAGAAUAAAGGUGCAAUUCAAUGUGCAAAACAUGUGAAAAGUCGU